GCAGAGAAGAAGGUGGACAGGAAACCAGAACAAAGAUGGCUGUUGCACUGCGGGCGGCGGCGGCCGGGACUGUCCGGUGCGCUCUGGUGAGCAGGACCAGGAGCUGGAUGGCGCAGGCCCGGAGAUACUGCAGCCAGCCCGUCACUGUUAAUGAGCGCAUCGAAAGGAAACGCCGAGAAGCACUACUCGGAGGCGGUCAGUCCCGUAUUGAUGCCCAGCACAAACGGGGAAAACUAACAGCCAGAGAGCGAAUCAGUGUCUUGUUGGAUCAUGGGAGUUUUGUUGAAAGUGACAUGUUUGUAGAACACAGAUGUGCUGAUUUUGGAAUGGCAUCGGAUAAAAAGAAGUUUCCUGGGGACAGUGUGGUAACUGGCCGGGGCCGAAUCAAUGGAAGAUUGGUUUACGUCUUCAGUCAGGAUUUUACAGUGUUUGGAGGAAGCCUGUCAGGAGCUCAUGCCCAGAAGAUCUGUAAAAUCAUGGAUCAAGCUAUGCUAGUUGGGGCUCCUGUGAUUGGACUGAAUGAUUCUGGAGGAGCUCGGAUCCAAGAAGGGGUAGAAUCCUUGGCUGGUUAUGCUGAUAUAUUUUUGAGGAAUGUCAUGGCGUCUGGAGUUGUCCCACAAAUCUCUUUGAUCAUGGGCCCAUGUGCAGGAGGUGCUGUCUAUUCCCCUGCCUUAACAGACUUCACAUUCAUGGUGAAGGACACAUCCUAUCUGUUCAUCACGGGCCCUGAUGUGGUAAAAUCUGUCACCAAUGAGGAUGUCACCCAGGAAGAGCUUGGCGGUGCCAAGACACAUACAACAAUGUCAGGAGUGGCACAUAGAGCCUUUGAAAAUGACAUAGAUGCCCUAUUGAACCUCCGCGAGUUCUUUAACUACUUACCUUUAAGUAACCAGGAUCCAGCUCCAAUACGUGAAUGUCACGAUCAGUGUGACCGCCUUGUUCCUGAGCUGGACAUGCUUGUUCCAUUGGAAUCUACCAAAGCCUAUGACAUGGUGGAUAUAAUCCAUGCAAUUGUUGAUGAGAGAGAAUUUUUUGAGAUCAUGCCCAGUUAUGCCAAGAAUAUCAUUAUUGGCUUUGCAAGGAUGAAUGGAAAGACUGUUGGGAUUGUAGGCAACCAGCCCAAAGUGGCAUCAGGGUGUUUGGACAUUAAUUCUUCUGUGAAAGGUGCUCGUUUUGUCCGAUUUUGUGAUGCUUUCAAUAUACCACUGAUAACUUUUGUCGAUGUGCCUGGCUUUUUGCCUGGUACAGCUCAGGAGUAUGGGGGCAUCAUCCGACAUGGGGCAAAACUACUUUAUGCAUUUGCAGAAGCAACUGUGCCCAAAAUCACUAUAAUCACACGGAAGGCGUAUGGCGGUGCCUAUGACGUGAUGAGCUCCAAACACUUACGUGGUGAUGUCAAUUAUGCUUGGCCGACAGCCGAGAUUGCAGUUAUGGGGGCAAAGGGUGCGGUUGAAAUCAUCUUCAGAGGAAAAGAGAAUGUGGAAGCUGCCCAAGCAGAGUAUGUGGAGAAGUUUGCAAACCCCUUCCCUGCCGCAGUGAGAGGGUUUGUGGAUGAUAUCAUUCAGCCUUCCACGACUAGAGCCCGAAUCUGCCAUGACCUAGAUGUAUUAGCAAGCAAAAAGCAACCCAGCCCCUGGAAAAAGCAUGCAAAUAUUCCACUCUGAACAAUCCUACAGAAAGGAGUUGACAGCCUGGUGUUUCAUGAUGGGAGAAGGAUGUAUAACAUCCAUAUUUCUGGCUCUGGAAAUGACGGGACCCAGAUUAGGGCUUGAAUGCCCUUUGGAACUUGGAGUUUCUAAAUUUAUGAAAUCUAAAAGAAUACUUUGUGUGCCUUAAUAUGCCACUCCACACUCUGCCAUUGACCUCUUCAGAAAACUAUACACCAUCUUUUCAAGGCAGGCCACGACUGUAAGACUGUCCAAUAUCUACUUGCAGACCAGGAGUCAGUGGUGCCACAAACCAGUCACAGAUGUAUGUGCUUCCCUGGAAAUGUGGUUAAGAUGUUUAAUCCUGUGCUUUCUGUCUGGGGCAGGGAAGAGAGGGAAGGAGAAAAAUUUGGAACUCAAAAUCUUAUAAAACAAAUGUUGAAAACUAUCUUUACAUGUAACUGGAAAAUAAUAAAAUACUUUUAUGAUUAAAAAAA